AUGCCUCCUCAGUUCUGGAAGCCCGGGACCGCAGCUCCUGGAUCUUCUUUAGACAGAGACACCGAGACAGAAGGUUCUCUUCUCCCUUCUCUCAAUCCUCAAACGGCUCAUCUAUCCCUUGACGCUCAACGACAGAGAUUGCCAAUCUACAAACAUAGAGAAAAACUUCUUUGGUGUGUUGAGAAAUACAGAGUGGUCAUCGUUGUCGGUCAAACAGGUUGUGGGAAAUCUACUCAAAUACCUCAAUAUCUGCAUGAGGUAGGAUGGACGUCCCAAAACCUCGUCGUUGCUUGUACUCAGCCCAGAAGGGUAGCUGCAACAUCAGUUGCCACUCGCGUAGCUGAAGAAGUCGGAAGUGUGCUAGGAGAUGAGGUGGGGUAUUCCAUUAGAUUCGAAGAUCUAUCAAGUCCGACUCGGACGAGGAUAAAGUAUAUGACGGAUGGGAUGCUGUUCAGGGAGUGUAUGACGGAUCCCUUGUUGAGUCGAUAUAGUGUUAUCAUGGUGGACGAAGCACAUGAACGAGGUGCAUAUACCGAUCUCCUUUUGGGGUUAUUGAAAAAAAUCAUGCGUAAACGUCCUGAACUGAGAGUCAUCAUUUCGUCCGCGACUAUCGACGCAGAAGACUUUUACGAAUAUUUCAACUCGAACUCCGACCAUGCCGAUCGAUCCAAAGAUGACGCCAUCAUUGUCAGUCUCGAAGGUCGCAUGUUCCCCGUCGAAGUCUGUUAUCUCAAGCAACCAUGUGAUGAUUAUUGUGCAGCCGCCGUUCAAACCGUCUUUGACAUUCAUCUGAGGGAACCCUCAGGAGAUAUUUUGGUUUUUCUUACUGGAAGAGAAGAAAUUGACUCGGUGAUACAACAAGUUACCGAUCGUCUACAAUCUUUACCACGUGCUGCACCUCAAAUCCUUCCUCUUCCUCUCUACGCGACCCUUCCUGCGGAAGAACAAGCCAUUAUAUUCGAACCUCCACCUCGAGAUACCCGUAAGGUUAUAUUCAGCACCAACAUCGCCGAAGCGUCCGUCACAAUUGACAAUAUCCGAUAUAUCGUCGAUUCUGGUUUUGUCAAAUUGAAAACAUUCAAUCCUAGAACUAAUAUGGAUGUCCUCACUGUCACACCAUGUUCUUUAGCUUCUGCCAAUCAACGAGCUGGUAGAGCAGGCCGAACUUCUGCCGGAAAAUGUUUUCGUCUUUAUCCAGCUUCUAUGUUACCUACUCGGAAUCCCAGAUCUCCCAUGCCACUACAAACCCCACCGGAGUUGACAAGAUCAGAUAUCAGUUUGUAUCUCUUACAACUCAAGGCUUUGGGGAUAGAUAAUGUUGCCAAAUUUGAUUUUCUCAGUCCACCAUCUAGCGAGAUGAUGAUCCGCGCUUUGGAAUUUUUGUAUUGUCUAAAAGCGAUUGAUGAUGAAGGAAGAUUGACAAGACCGUUAGGGGAGAGGAUAGCGGAAGUUCCUUUAGACCCGAUGAUGGCUGCUAUCUUGUUGAACUCUGCGGCGUUCAAAUGCAGCGAGGAGAUCUUGACUAUAGCUGCUAUGACGUCUGUCCAAGACGUGUUCAUCCAACCUUCGGGAGGUAUGAAAGCUACUAUGGCGGAAUUGGAACGACGAAAAUUUACCGCUGAGGAAGGUGAUCACUUGACUCUUCUCAACGCUUACAACGCAUUUACCAGAUUUGGCGCAAAAGACAAAUCAUGGUGCGGCAACCAUCGGUUAAACUUUAAAGCUCUUUCGAGAGCUAUGAGUAUCCGGAAACAGUUGAAAAAGUAUUUAGAAAGAUUCGGAAUAAAGAUACAGAGCUGUGAGGGCGAUGUGGUAAGAUUGAGGAAAUGUUUAGUUACUGGGUAUUUCAAGAACGCAGCUAGGAUGAUGCCAGACGGAUCAUAUCGCUCCGCAAGGGAGAAUGCCAUACUUCACGUCCAUCCUAAUUCCGUAAUGUUCACUAGACAACCUUCGACGGGAUGGGUGAUUUAUCACGAGGUCGUAGAGACUACGAAAAGGUUUAUGAGAGAUCUGACCGUUGUGGAGGAAGAAUGGUUGGUCGAGUUAGCACCACAUUACUAUCAAUUCAAAGGUGGGGGAAUCAAGAAACAUUUCAAAGAUUAGAUCUAUUCUCGCCGUUUUCGUCUUCUUCUUAGUGUCGUGGAUCUAUCAAAAUCCUAUCGUCACUUGUGUUGUAGCCAGUAGCGAAAGUGCAUGCAUCCUCAAAAAUGAAAUGUUAU